GGCAUUACUAACAAACCAAACGAGUCCUUAAUAGAAAAGCUGAUACAUAUGCUUUGCUCGAGCGAAAGCAGAUCGUCAUAGUUCGGCUCUCAGAUCUCUCACUCAAAUGGCAACUGUAAAACCAUCCAUCACUCACGUCAUCUUCGACAUGGACGGCCUUCUAAUCGACACAGAGAAGUUCUACACUGAAGUGCAGGAGAAAAUCCUUGCUAGAUACAACAAAACUUUUGAUUGGUCUCUCAAAGCUAAAAUGAUGGGCAUGAAGGCAAUAGAAGCUGCUCGAGUGUUUGUUGAAGAGACUGGAAUCAGUGACUCACUCUCAGCUGAAGGUUUUCUUGUGGAAAGAGAGGAGAUGCUCAGAGCUAUGUUCCCAACAUGUGAAGUCAUGCCAGGGGCAAGUCGUUUGAUUAAGCACCUCCAUGCAACUGGAGUUCCUAUAUGUGUUGCAACGGGUUCACACAGAAGGCAUUUUGAACUGAAAACACAAAGGCAUGGUGAAAUUUUUUCGCUGAUGCACCAUAUUGUUCUUGGUGAUGAUCCAGAAGUUAAACAAGGGAAACCUUCACCAGAUGUGUUCCUUGCAGCAGCCAAGAGAUUUGAGGGUGGACCAGUUGAUCCAUCGAAGAUUCUUGUUUUUGAAGAUGCACCAUCUGGCGUCCAAGCAGCUAAGAAUGCUGGCAUGUCAGUAGUCAUGGUUCCAGAUCCAAGGUUAGAUAGCUCAUAUCAAAAAAUGGCAGAUCAGGUUCUAAGCUCCCUAUUAAACUUUAAUCCAAGUGAGUGGAGUCUGCCUCCAUUUGAAAAGGCAGCAAGUUAAUCUAUUGAAAAGAUAUCCGCAGAUCAAAUUUGUCCUUCUAUAUGCUUGCUCGAACUUUUGCAGCGAGAGCCACAUUUCAGUUUCAAUCACAAAUUUAUCCUUAUAAAACUACAUGGACGCGAUCUGUCACGAACAAGAGGUUUAGCUGUGAUGUGACAUCUUUCCUUGAUUAAGUUUCAUAAUUCAUGAACAUUGUGUGUAGCCGCAAGACUCCAAACCUAGACAUAUUGCUUCUCCUAUUGAAAGGUUGGAAUUACUUGAUUACAUUAAA